AUGGGGUGUGGCUGGUUAGGUGUGACUCAAAGUAAUCCCACACCCACCCACACCCGUCUUUAUGUUAGUAAAGUUUUAAGUCGAAGUUCACUAUUAAAAGAUGUAAUCCAAACUGAAUUAAUGCAAAUUUUAUCAAUUGUUGCCAUGGAAAAACCACGUUCAAUGAAAGCUGAAGAUAUUCGUAAUGAAAAAGUGAGAGUAUUACGUUCUAUAUUGCCAAUUAAAACUGAAGAUGUUGUCAUUGGACAAUAUGUUGGUGAUAAAUUUUCAACAGAUCCUGAACGUCGAAAAGGCUAUUUAGAUGAUGAAGGUGUUCCAAAAGAUUCAACAACACCGACAUAUGCACAAGUUGUUCUUUCAAUAAAUAAUGAACGUUGGGCUGGCGUACCAUUUAUUCUUCGUAAAGCAUUAAAUGAGAAGAAAAUUGAAAUACGAAUUCAGUUUCAUGAUGUUCCUGGUGGAAUAUUUGAUGAAGAUAUUCGUCGAAACAAUCCCAAUGGUCGAUUAGCUCGUAAUGAACUUGUUAUACGUUUUCAACCAGAUGAAGUCAUUUGUCUUAAAAUAAAUAUAAAACGACCCGGUGAAAUGGAUUUUAGUAUUGAAGAAGCCAACACUGAUUUAACACAUGAUUCCCGUCAUGGAGUUGGUGAAACGCCUGAUAGGCAUGGACGUUUAAUUCUUGAUGCAUUUAUGGGUCCACAACUUAAUUUUGUAUGCCCAGAUGAAUUACCAGAAUAUGGCGUAUUUUCGAUCCAAUACUUAAUCAAAUUGACUAUAAAGAAAUAUCAAUCAUUCCAUAUGAAUUUGGUAGUUUUGAUAUACAUCAAGCAUUCGAAGCAGCAGCUAAACAUGGUUAUAUUUAUCAAGGGACUUAUUUGA